CUCACAAAAGUAAAUAUGUUAAUACAACACAAAACAAUACAAUAAAAAGCUGAAAAUUAAAUGAACAUUUCUUAAUUAAAGUUAUUAUGCUAAACAGCUUCAGUGAGCAGCAGCUGCACAGAGCGUUCUCACCCUUUGGAAGCAUCAUCAGUGCCAAGGUAUGAUGCUUAUUGUUUUAUUGUGAUUAGUCAAUAACAAUUAAAGUGAAAGACUUCAACGAGUGCUUCUCUCUGUUCAGUUGAUGAUGGAGGCCGGACGCAGCAGAGGGUUUGGAUUUGUCAGCUUCUUCACCCUUGAAGAUGCGACUACCGCUGCGUCGGUCAUGAACGGGCGUAUGGUUGCCGGCAGGGCGUUGCGGGUCACUCUGUCUCACCACAAUGAGCAGAAGACCCAGCCUGAGAAGCAGGACAGCAGCAGUGAAUCACUUCCUGCUGGACAGUUUACGUCUGCUGUUCCUCAAGUUCAAAAGCGCCUCGACGUUCACCCUGAAAACCUGCUGGCGCUCCAGCCCAUCAGUCGUCAGGCAGCAGCGUGCAUCCUCGCUCAGAGUGAGAGUCUCCGCCCACUGAUGCCUGGCUGUCGUCCUGUUGGAUGCUGUUCAUACUCAGCCUCCGUGCCUGCUGGUUCAUCAGGUCAUUCUGUACUACUGGGUCAGUGCUCAUGCUUCCAGUGUUGCCAGAUUGGGUGGACAAUUUCCAGCCCAAAGGCUCAAUAAAA